UUUAUCGGCUCAGAGAUCCAAAUCCCUAGUCCCUAAAUAUAGUCCAACAUGUAUAAAGCCCAUAACCUCCGGACCUCUAUCUCUUUCAUUUUCUGCGUAGCCGCUCAAAAACCCUAACCUUAAACCCCUCGUCCCCUUUCUCCAUUUCGCUCAGUCAAACUCUACAAUGGGUAGAGUUAUACGCGCUCAGCGUAAAGGUGCUGGGUCCGUCUUCAGGUCCCACACCCACCACCGCAAAGGUCCGGCAAGGUUCCGGUCGCUGGACUUCGGCGAGCGCAACGGCUACCUGAAAGGGGUGGUGAAGGAAAUCAUACACGAUCCGGGUCGUGGAGCCCCGCUUGCCCGGGUCACAUUCCGACACCCGUUUCGGUACAAGCAGCAGAAGGAGCUGUUCAUAGCGGCGGAGGGAAUGUACACCGGCCAGUUUAUCUACUGUGGGAAGAAGGCGAAUCUCGUUGUGGGCAAUGUUCUCCCUCUCGGAUCAAUACCUGAGGGUGCGGUUAUUUGCAACGUUGAGCACCAUGUGGGUGAUCGUGGAGUCCUGGCCAGAGCUUCCGGUGACUACGCCAUUGUUAUCAGUCAUAACCCUGAUAAUGGAACCACAAGAAUCAAGCUUCCAUCGGGAGCCAAGAAGAUUGUACCCAGUGGAUGCAGGGCUAUGGUUGGUCAGGUUGCAGGUGGAGGUAGGACUGAGAAACCACUAUUGAAGGCAGGAAAUGCGUAUCACAAAUUCAGGGUGAAGAGGAACUGCUGGCCAAAGGUUCGUGGUGUUGCUAUGAACCCAGUGGAGCAUCCCCAUGGUGGUGGUAACCAUCAGCACAUUGGUCAUGCCAGUACUGUUCGCCGAGAUGCACCUCCUGGUCAAAAGGUUGGUCUCAUUGCUGCCAGGAGGACCGGUCGUCUCAGGGGGCAAGCCGCUGCCACUGCUGCCAAAGCCGAUAAGACUACUUAAAAAUAUUCAGUUAUGGCUUUUUCAUUCAUUUUUUGUUAUGUUUUUCUGGACAUCCCAAUUUUGAUGUUACCUGGCCAAAAGGGUUUUACUUGCACAGUAGUGCUCAAGAUAUGGUCCAAUGAAAGUUUUGUUCUUUCACUAUUGUUCAUGACAUUGUGUCCAUUUAUAUAAGUUUCGUUUCCAUUGGAAGCAGAUA